AUGCAGCCUUCAUUCAGCAGGCUUCGAUCUCGUCGACAACUCUCGCACUCGACUCAACGUCGUCACCAUGUCCCAGUUCCUCAAUACCGUGUUCGUGUCCCCUCCCGUCCGCCCCUCUGCCCUUGCCCUCCCGUCCGAAGGCGAUCCCCUUUCUGCUCCAUCAUGGCCGCCAUCACGGCUCUGGCCUUUCGAUACCUCAGCCCCAAAUCGGUCGCCACGAUGAUGCGGCUCGAUCGCACCAUAAUCCCCGUUCGCGAGGAGCCUCCCUACAGACCACCAUCGGAUUCGACUGUCGUGACAUCGGCUGACGUGCAGGCCGACACGGAUAGCAACCAACGGGCGAAGAACCAGUUUCGUCCGCGCGUCGGCAACAGCGGCUCCACGAGCCACCAGCUGCGCCAGUAUGCCGAAGUCACCCUCGGCGGUCGCAGCUUGAGAAAGAUCGUCAAGCUGCCCGAAGGCGAGGACGAAAACGAGUGGCUUGCGGUCAACAUGGUCGACUUUUACAACCAAAUCAAUAUCCUCUAUGGUGCCAUCACCGAGUUCUGCUCCCCGCAGACGUGUCCCGAGAUGAAGGCGACGGACGAGUUCGAAUACCUCUGGCAGGACAAUGAGAACUUCAAGAAGCCGACCAAGAUGCCCGCUCCCGCCUACAUCGAGCAGCUCAUGGCCUGGGUGCAAGCAAAUAUCGACAAUGAAUCGGUCAUGCCCAGCAAGAUUGGCGUACCCUUUCCCAAGUCGUUCCCGGCCCUCGUCCGCCAGAUCUUCAAGCGCAUGUAUCGCGUCUACGCUCACAUCUACUGCCACCACUACCCAGUCAUUCGAGAGCUCGGCCUCGAGCCGCAUCUGAAUACCAGCUUCAAGCAAUACGUCCUCUUCAUCGACGAGCACAGCCUUGCCAGCGGCCGAGACUACUGGGGUCCUUUGGGAGAUCUCGUCGACAGCAUGCUGCGGAGUGAUUAA